GUCGUUCAAAAUAUAUCAACUAGACAGAACCUAUCUACAUUAUAUCUGGAUAUGAUGACCAGUUGAAUUAAUAUUUCAAUCAAUAUGGCUUAUACUUAUAUUUCCUUAUUUUCUAUUAAGUUACCUAAAAUUUCCCACUUUUUCAACUAUUAUUUUUCACUUUUGUCCACCCACUGUCAACAGGGCAGUCUAUUUUUCUACUGAAAUAAAAAUUUCAAUCAUAUGAAGUUUUCAUAUGAUAUCGAAUACUAUUGUGAAUUUCUUUACCGUGGGAACAUAUUUAUUAUUAUUAUUAUUAAAAUUUCUUUUUGUUAUUGAGAUAUAAUCACUAAAAGACACUGGUUAUAAACCAUUAUUUGAUCGGACGAAGGUCUGUCCCCAAUUAUUGUAAACUAGUCGAAUCAAAUUAUCAAGGUUAAAUCACACAUGGCCUUGAGAUCUACCAAUCAAAAUACGGAGCCCAAUUUUUCUCACCCUUUUACUGUAAUAUUUGCCUAUCAGGUCAAACAGAGAACGUGACAAAAUCUCUUUCCGAGAGUGGAGGGAAAUAGAUUUUUAAAAUACUAUCGGUGUAAAUAUCUACGACGUGUUUUUAUGAUCGAACGAUUCAAGAUUUUAUACAAAUUUCAAAUACUGGGAAUUAAAUAAAAAAAAUUAUGAAAACAAUGGAAACAGACUAUGAGGAACCAGAAAGUCAUAUUGUUCGACAUAAACCUGUUGGUAUUAAAACAUUGUUAAGGAAAACAAGAUUUUCAAGAAAAGAAUUACAAAUUAUGUAUCAAGGAUUUAAACAAGAAUGUCCAGCUGGUACACUUAACGAAGAUUCAUUUAAAGAUAUCUACUGUAAAUUUUUCCCUCAAGGAGAUGCAACUGUAUAUGCUCAAUUAGUAUUCAGGUCAUUUGAUCAAGAUCAUAAUGGAACUUUAACCUUCGAACAAUAUAUUCAAUGUUUAUCGUGUUUAAUGCAUGGUACACAAAAUGAUAAAUUACGUUGGGCAUUUCGAUUGUAUGAUAUUAAUGGUGAUGGUUUUGUGACUAAAGGUGAAAUGCUUAAAGUUGUCAAUGCAAUUUAUGAUUUAUUGGGAAGAAAUACAGAACCACCAAUUAAUGAGUCGACCACAGCUAAUCAUGUAGAAAGAGUAUUUCAAAUAACGCCCCAAGGGUGUAUACAUCAGAAAGCGAUUACGAAGUGUUGGUCACGUUUAUUGUUGAACCACGCACAUAUUGCCAAAAUUACAGGCACGUUGAGCAAGCAUGAAAGAGAGGUGCCAAAAAGCAAGCGAGUGAGUGAUCGGGUUAAUGAACAUGAUUAAGAUGUACGUAUAUAUAUACAUGGUGAAAUGAAGGAAUUAUCGAAUCAAUUAAGCGACUAACACUAAAGUUAGCAGAAUGAAUAUGUGAGUUGGGGGUAAGCAAUGCUCAUGCUUACAUAUUCAUACAAGUGCAACAAUAAUAAAUGUACAAUAGUAUAGAUAGGUUUGUUACUGUACGAAUGAAUUUGUCCGUUAAAUAAGUUAACAAAAGGGCUUAACCAAAUUAAGCCUGAACAAACUCAAUUGUGCGUGAGUUGCUAUAGUAUAUUGCAAAACGCAAAAAUAGACAAACUUUGAUUAAAAUAUAAAGUAAAUACGCUCAGCAUCACAUAGUAAUGGUGAGAAGUUAUUUCAUAACAUUUUGGUAAAUAUUUUAAUUCACACACUUUUUCGAUCACAAAUGAAAAGGUAUAUACUACUUAAAAAAAUAUAAAUUUUCAUGUAACCAGUUUCUGAAAUGAUUGACAGCAAUAUUUUCAAAUGUACUGUAAUCUGCAAAUAAUUGAAUAGUGG